CGGCCGGGCUGACAGGAGCGGCGGGGCCGGGGCAGCGGGCGGGCGGGCGGCACCGGGACCCCCCCGAACUCCCUUCUGGCAGCACGGCCCGGCCGGGCUCGCCGCUCCCCUCGGGGCUGCCGGGGUCACCUUCAUGGGCGGGCGGUAGCGCGGGGCCCGGUGCACGGCGGUGCCCGGGGCCUGCUGAGGCAUCGGCGGGACAGAGCGGAGGCCGGGGACGGCGGCGGGACCCGGGGCGAUGUUUGUGCAGGAGGAGAAGAUCUUCGCGGGGAAGGUGCUGAGGCUCCAUGUGUGCACCAUGGAGGGAGCGGAGUGGCUGGAGGAGGUGCCCGAGGACACCACGGUGGAGAAGCUGAAGGAGCGGUGUCUGAAGCACUGUGUACCUGGGAGCUUGGAGGAUCCAAAAACUCUGACACAUCAUAAGUUGAUACAUGCUACUUCUGAGAAGGUGCUGACAGACACAAAAACAGUGUUGGAGGAAAACAUUCAGGACAGAGAUGUCUUGCUUUUGAUAAAGAAGCGUGCGCCACCUCCACUCCCCAAAAUGGCAGAUGUGUCAGCAGAGGAGAAAAGGAAGCAAGAGCAGAAAACUCCUGAUAAGGAUGCUAUCCUCAAAGCCACUGCCAACCUGCCCUCCCGCAGUGUCGAUCGCACCGUGGCCCAUCACAGCAUGAGGGAUUUUCCUUUCUUGCAGUUCCAGACAGAGCUCCGGAAGAUCUUAGUGUCUCUCAUAGAAGUUGCACAGAAAUUGCUAGCACUGAACCCAGAUGCAGUUGAACUAUUUAAGAAGGCAAAUGCCAUGCUGGAUGAGGAUGAGGAAGACAGAGUGGAUGAAAUAGCUCUGAGGCAGCUUACAGAAAUGGGCUUCCCAGAGAGCAGAGCUGUCAAAGCCCUUCGACUGAACCAUAUGUCAGUGACACAGGCCAUGGAGUGGUUGAUAGAACACGCAGAUGACCCUACAGUGGAUGCUCCCCUGCCAGGUCAGACUCCAUCAGAAGCUACAGCUGAAGUUGGAGCAUCCUCUGCUGAAGCCACAGCAGGUCCUAGCUCAGAAGUGGGUGAGGAAGAGGCCAAGGAUGAGCUGACAGAAAUAUUCAAGAAGAUCCGGAGGAAAAGAGAGUUUCGCCCAGACCCACGAGCUGUCAUUGCCCUGAUGGAGAUGGGAUUUGAUGAAAAAGAAGUGGUAGAUGCACUCAGAGUAAAUAAUAACCAGCAAAAUGCAGCUUGUGAAUGGCUGCUGGGAGACAGAAAGCCUUCUCCAGAGGACUUAGAUAAGGGCAUUGACACCAAUAGCCCUCUCUUCCAAGCCAUCUUAGAAAACCCAGUGGUACAGUUGGGGCUAACCAACCCUAAAACUCUACUAGCCUUUGAGGAUAUGCUUGAAAACCCCUUGAACAGCACUCAGUGGAUGAACGAUCCGGAAACGGGGCCCGUCAUGCUCCAGAUCUCCCGAAUCUUCCAGACCCUGAAUCGCACGUAGAGGGGGGGAUGCCAGCCCACUGUGCCACCUCCUCCUGUCCCUCAUGUCACCCCCUCCUCAAUGGGAGGGUGUGUGGAUUGUCUGGGGAAGAGGGAGGGGGUGGAUGGAAGGGGGAGAAGGGAGGGGAUCCUGUCUGAGGGGGUCUCUCGCAUCAGAGCUUCUGUAGUUACAGCCAACUGAAGUGAAUUGCCUUGUGGAUUUUAGUGGUAGUGGAAGAGGUUUGAAGACUUGUUUAUGCUUUCAGGUAUUAGGCUUAAAUUAAAGUAUAUCCAAAAAUAGGAAAAGGUUUUGUGAAAACAAGAAUCUGAUUGUUGGGAGGAAAAUAUGAUAAUGCUUGUUAAAGAGGCCUGUGACAGUAGUGUUCUAGCCAGUUUUGCUAGCAUCUGGCUAGUGUUUACAAAGGUCACUGACCACUAGCAUAGGAAACUCAUCAUCUCCAUACAGUAUUAAUUUAUGGCUAUAUCAAAUCCUAAAAUGAUUUUUUAAAUUGAUUCUUGGGAAAUGUGUUUUUUAAAGUCCAAAUAUUGGGGGAGAGCAAGCACAUUUCUAUCCAAACUUGUUAAUUUUGCGUUAUAAUUUAGACAGAACAAUUCAGAGAUGGAAUUCUUUUAAUAAAUAGCAUUACUUUUUCCUAUUUAUUUUCUGCAUUAGUGUUGUUGCAGUCCCACAGUGGUUCUACUUGUAGGAGAUGUUCUGUCAGCUCCACUAAAGAUGCAGAAUCUCUUUCACAACAGGACUUGCUACACCCAGACUUGGAUUCUUAGGCUGCAGUUCAUAGAUUCAUACUCCACCUUAUCCUAGCAGAAGGAGGGAUAUAUUCACAUGUUUAUGUUCACAGUUUUGGGCAGACUUGUGGGUUUUGACUUUAUUUCAAACUGUUUACAAAAAAGCACCUCAUCUGCAUGGAUUUUUUCACUGGUGAUUUGUGAAGCAGAACCACUUGGGUUUUGUCUUGGUUAAUGGGUUUAAAACCACACUUGAAACCACUGCUUUCUUUGAGAUAGAAGUGACUUUUUUUUGAGACUUAUUUUACCUUGAAUAGGAAGAAUGUCAGGCUGUGGCUUUCCUGUUUUGUUCAAUGACAGACUUGAGGUUUCAGACAGGAGUUAAGAGCAGAGCUCACUGGUGAAUAUCCAGCUAGUUUUUGUGACAAUCAGGCUCUGUGGGUGUUACUUUUUUAAGAAACUGAACAAAAAUGCAUUUUGUUUUCAGCUUAGUGCAGCAUGAUUGACAUCUGUCAUAAUCCCUGCCACCCCUUGUGUUUCACAGCCUGGUUUUGGAAAGGCAGGCUAGGCAAGACCUGCCUCUCCAAAAUGUGGAGUAACCAGAUGCAGAUCGAGGUGUCCUGUCACAGAGAGAUCCUGAAGAGCUCUGCAAGUCACCUUCUUAAGGGUGGGAUGGGGUUUUGGUUGUUUUUUUGUUGAAUUUUUUUUUUUUAACAAAAAUGCAACAAGAUACAACCUGAAACCCCACAACAAGUUUUGGCCUGAACUUGGCAUCAGGUCUGUGCUGUUAUGCAGUCAGGGUGCUGAAGUUGCCAAUUUCACAUAAUUAAUAUGAAGGGUGGGGAAAUCAAAGCAGCAUGAGAUUUUAUCUAGACUUACUAUCCCAGGAUUAUUAUUUGGCUUUGUUACUUGUAAUUUCAUAUUAAGCUUUACGGUUCAUGACUGCUGAAAUAUUUACUUCUGCAUUUAGAAAUCCCAAGCUUUCUAGAGAUGGGGGCUUUUUUUUUUUCUGUUCCAAUUGGUCAGUAAAAGCAUUUUUCUGGACUCUUGCUAAGAACAGAUUGACAGUGUGAUAUUAGACUGUAACCUUGCAUUGUAAGUGUGAAGGUACCAACCUGAGCCCAGUGAGCCCAGCACAGCAGCUGGGACUGAAUGCUGUAGUGUUACAAAAGGUUUUUAUUAUUUUUUUCCCAUUUUUUUCUUAAUCCUUGAAGCUUUUUGCCUGUAGUACUACUAGGAGACACCAUGACUUGAAACUCUUAGUAUUAGAGGUGUAUGUCCUCUGCCAGUUGGGAUUCUAGUAAAUUUUGCUUUUAAUGAGAGUUUUCAGAAGACAAAGCUAGGAAAAACUACCCUGGUUUGUUUGGGGGUUUUUUUUUUUGGCUUUGGAAUGAGUAAGGACAGGUUCAGACUUCCUGAACAGAUGCUUCAGUAGCAGUCUUGGUCUGUGUAGAAUGUGAAGGGUUGCUGAAAUGCUGCUUCUGAUUUCAGUAAUACACAACUCAGGCUGUGAAGUGGCUGUAGAACUUUCAGACAGACCAGGCAAGGUUCAUCUGCCAGCUUUAGAGUCAGGUCAAGGUUUGGUCUCUGGCUGGUGGGCAGAACCUGGGUGAGGAGGAUGGCAAGAGUGAGCAGCCCAUCUGUGCUGCCCAGGUGUGGGAGCAGCUGCUGGAGCUGAAGUGUUAAGUUCUGGGUGUUCUUGAUCUGCCAAACAGUUUCCUUGCUUGGUAUGGCUUUAAUGUAGCCCUGGUUCUCUUUUAAGAACUUUACUUUCCAGUGGCAAAUAUCUGAAAGAGGCCAGAAUUUAGGAGAUGUGGUGCUCACAGCAAGGCAUAGGAGUUAAUUUAAAAAUAAACAAAAAAAAAUACCCUUGAGGUUAAAGGAACACUUGAGGAGUUAUCAAGACAUCAGUGGUGCUGCUAGGGUAUGAAUUAGUAGCAGACUUUGUGUCCUCACCAUGCCUGGCUGCUGCUGCUACUUCAGCACAGGAAGUGGAGGGGGUGAAGUCCCCUGUGCCUGCAAAGGCCUCAGUUGUCCCAAUUUUUUCAAAACCUGCAAAAAUCUGAAAGGUGACUGCUUUUGAGUCAGUCUCCAGGUCUCCAGGCACAAGGAGUGUGUGUGCUGAGAGCUUUUCCUGGUGAUAAACUCUCCUGUUCCAUGGCUGGAGGGAACUGGUGGAUUUGGUCUGUAGGCCAAAUGUCCUAAGCACAUGGGAAUAGAAGUGUUGUUUAAAAGGAAAAAAAUAAAUUUUUUUGUGAGAAAGAACUCAAGCAGUAAAGAUUUACAGGUUCAGGUCCUGUGCUUGCACCUCUGGUGUUCAAGUUACAGCUGGCAGAGAUGUGAUAUUUACUUGUGUCAGAGCAUGGCCAUGCUCAGGUUGGAAGCCUGUGGGAUUUUGGAGGAAGGAAAGGGGGUGGUGGGUACCUCAUGCAGUGUGUGUUUCCUACAGUUCUCACUCUUUGCCCCAUCAGCUGAUACAGACAAUCUUCUACCUUUUGAUAUUACAUGACUCUUGAAAGCUAGCUAGCUAUUUAUUUAAAUAUGUGUAACUUAUAAUGUUGUCAUCAAAACAGUGAUAUUUUUAAUAGAAAUGCACUAUAGGGAAGUUUGUUCUCAGGGCUUCAUAUUUAUACUCUUCACAGGCUGAUGCAUUUUAAAGGGAUGUAUUUGGAAAAAAUGCCACUUUACAAACUUGGACCUUGAUUGGCUUGACCUGUGAGCCUGAGUUGUGUCACUCCUGAUAAACCUCUCAUGUCUGGUCCCCUCCAAAGAAUCUGCUGUUCUCUCUCUCCUUGUGAGCAGUGAUUUGAGUGAAGGCUCCAAGAUCACACAAGGUUACCCAGGAACUUCACAGUUCCCUGAUCUUUGCACCGUUUCAAGGACACUUCUGUUCUCCAUGCAGCUGGAAAAUUAACUUGCAUGGUUCCUAAAGCAGUCAUCAGUGAGCUCUUCUGGGCUGGUGCAAGGUUGGCUCCAGCCAGCUGCUGCUUUCUGGCUGCUCACAGCCCAGAACCUCAACCUCCAUUGCUUUCCUCACUCUUCUGGAACCAAACUUGUCUUUUGGAGAUUGAGCUCCUAUCUAAGAAACACUUAAACGGUUAUUGAAAUCCUUUUUAGUUGGGACUGUUACAAUUUAUGAUUUUAUCUUUUUUUUUUAGGCAUUGUGUUUCAUGGGCUGAGAGUCUUUUAAUGUAUUUUGAGAGCUGUUUAAGCAUUGUACCAAACGAAUGUAUAGUAACACUGUCAGCAAAUAUUGCCUGGGGAGGAGCUGCAGAGGUGACCAGUGAGCUCUUCUUCUGUGGCAAUUCUCUGAAAGUCAUGUGCACAGGAUAACAAGUGUUUCAUCCAAAGUAAAUACCCCAUUUUUUUUCUACUUUUACUAAAUAGCGUUUUUAAUAACUAGCAGAAUAGCAGUGCUUGCAGCUGGGUGUUUCCAUCCCAUCAUAGUCCUUGUGCUUUGUGGCAUAAGCAACCCACUGACUGUGGCCUCCUCUUUGGCUGAAGGGUUUGUUGUGGCUGCUGCUGGAGGUGGGACAGUGGGUGAGCUCAGCCAAGGGGGAUAAUCCCCAGGGGACAGCUGAGGGGACAGCCAGCACUGUAAAUGACAUUUCUGUGACUCUGCUAUCAUGGUGGUUGUUCUCACCUGCAUCCUGACAUCUCAGUGUAACAAAAGGGGGUUGUGUUUUGGUUGUUGGGGUUUUUUGUUUGGUUUUUUUAAGGCCUUUUUGCCCUAGAUUUGAAGAUCUUUAAUGCAGAUCCUGUUUGCAGCAUGUGAACUUCAAUAAAUGUAAAUGCAUUCAAUUCUUACUGAAUUUUGGGUAUAGUUUUAUAUCAUGCUUUGGGGAGAGGGGGAAAAAAAUGGGAUCAUGUUUUAACCUAAGCCCUCACAAAACAAAGUGUCUUUGUUGCAGCAGGUAACAGAGGCCUGUAGAGAUUUUUUUUAAUUUGCAUAUUUUUAUCAUAGCUUAAUGAACUGUUCAAGGAUGUGAUUUGCUAUCCAGCACUUAGCACAAGGCAGCACCAGUGAAAUUAUAUCGCAAGGUACUGACUUGACAGUUUUUCAUUUCACCUGUGUAUAAACUCAUUAGGUACAGCAUCCAAAAUAGUUUUUACAUGGCACCGACACUGGUGUGUGGCAUGCACGGCUGUUUCUAAGCUGUAAUGUUACUUUUAUGAAGCCAAACUUGGGUGAACAUCACUGAGCCUGUGGGAUUCCGGGUUCAUUCUGGACACGCUCCUGUGGGUGCCCUGGGAGGGAGAAAACCAGCACACUGUGCUCCUGCACUGCAGCCCUCCAGGCAAAAAGCUAGAAAUACUAUUGAUCUGUUGUCCUUCUAGCCAGGAUAUUGUCACCUGAAAAAUAAAUUUCUGGGAGGUAUGGUGGUUGUUAGCACAGCCAGAGCUGAAACAACCAUGUACCUGUAAUGUGCAGAGAAGUUGUACCCAUGGACGAGACCAGAAUGAAUGCUGAGUCUUUGAACCUGCUCACACUUACACUGAAGACACUGACAUUGUGUGUUGUAAAUUUAUAAUAUAUCUUAAAAAUAAAGUUUUUUGAUUUAUUA